AUGUUGCUCUGUAAUGAAACGGCAGCUGAAGCUUUUCCGACUUUAAGGCGAAAUUUCGUCGAAUUAGCGUCUGAUUACCCUCUUUUGGUUGCUUUCAGACACGUAUUAGAGGAAGAUGGCUUCAGUAAUGCUGAUGAGCUGCGUGCUGUUAUCGUAGAAGCAAUUAAUAAAAAGAUCGGCGAUAAACAAGCACUGUUCCGAAAACAACUCGAAUCGUUCAUCUUUGGCUACAUUGACAAAUCAAAAAAGUACUAUGAUAUCGCUGAUCAUUGCCUGAAACAUAACGAUAAAAAACGUUCGGCAGUGCAAACUCGCUGUAGUGAUUGCAAAAAUCAAAAUGUAUUCCGUCAGACUACCAUCAGAUCACAGUGCUUGUCGCGUUCGCAAGCAAUCGCUUUCAUCGAUCUUUGUGCGCGAAAAUUGAAACGUGCCGUAACUGAACCAGGCACAGCUGUUGGUGCUAUUGCCGCUACUAGCAUUGGUAGGUUUGGCUCGAUUUUUCUGCAAACUCGCUGUAAUGAUUGCAAAAAUCAAAAUGUAUUCCGUCAGACUACCAUCAGAUCACAGUGCUUGUCGCGUUCGCAAGCAAUCGCUUUCAUCGAUCUUUGUGCGCGAAAAUUGAAACGUGCCGUAACUGAACCAGGCACAGCUGUUGGUGCUAUUGCCGCUACUAGCAUUGGUGAGCCGUCCACUCAAAUGACACUGAAAACAUUUCACUUCGCCGGUGUUGCAUCAAUGAACAUUACACAGGGUGUGCCACGAAUCAAAGAAAUCAUCAACGGCGUAAAGCUAAUAUCAACACCCAUAAUAACGGCUGCCCUCGCAAAUGAAAAAGAUGAAAAAUUGGCCCGGCGAGUGAAGGCACGAAUUGAAAAAACAACGCUCAGUUUGUUUUUUUGUCUUUUUUUUGUACUUUUUUUUAUCAAUGCGAAACGCGUGCGCCUGCUUCAGCUCGAAGUAACAAUAACAUCGAUUGCACAGUGCAUAUGCAAUUGGAAGUUGCCUGUACCCGUGAAACCUCAGCAGAUCAGACUUCUGGGUAAAACCAUAAUGGCAAUUCGGCCUCCGGAAGUGGCAAAAUGUUCUAAAAUGAUGGCCAUACAGUAUUUGAAAUACAAUAUUGGAAAUGUUGUCAUAAAAGGUCUUCCUGGCGUUGUGCGGUGUGUUAUCCAUGCAGAUGAGAAAAAAGGAGAUUCAUACAAAUUGCUUGUGGAAGGUACAGAUUUUCAAGCAGUCAUGGCAACAGUUGGUAUCGACGGUCGACGCACGUAUUUCAACAAUGCUCUUACUGUCGCUGAGGUGCUUGGUAUUGAAGCAGCGCGCUCAUGUAUUAUAUCUGAAAUAUUAUCCACUAUGGCUUCACAUGGCAUCGGAUUGGAUCAGCGACACGUGAUG